AGAUCUGUGAUUUCAGGAAAGCAAAACUGAAACAAGAUGAUGCUUCAAUUUCUUUUUGCUUCGAGAGGGUCUUAUCCACUGCUCUUGCUUGCUUUUUUAUUCAUUCUUUUCUCAAAAAACCAUAUCAAAGCGACGCCAGAAUACCUUUCAUAUUUCUGCUAUCCUGAAUUUAAUUAUACUGUUUAUAGUCAAUUCUAUCAUAACCUUAACAGCCUUCUCAACCGGAAGCUUUACCUUGAAGGUAAGAUUUAUGGCUUUGCCAAUGCAACUGAAGGGGAAUAUCCAGACAAGGUUUAUGGCCUUUUCCUCUGCAGAGGCGAUAUUAAGCUAAACAUUUGCCAAGACUGCAUUGCCACUGCAAGUGAGAUUUUGCAGCGAUGUUUGGGUAGCAAAGAAGGUAGCAAAGAAGCAAUCAUAUGGUAUGAUCAAUGUCUGGUGCGCUAUUCCAACAGACCUUUCUUCUCUUCUAUGGAGACAUCUCCAGCCACAUGCAUGUACAACAUUAACAACGCAACGGAACAAGAUAAAUUCAAUGAAAAUGUGGCAGAGAUGUUCCAGAAUCUAACUGCUGAAGCUUCGGUUCCUUCCAGGAACAUGUAUGCAACCCGGGAAGUCAACAUCUCAAAUUUCAUGACCUUGUAUGGGCUUGUUCAGUGCACGCCUGAUUUAUCGGUAGCAGACUGCCACAGAUGCCUCAGAAGCGCUAUUGGUUAUAUUCCAAAUUGCUCAGCGGGGAAGAUAGGUGGUAGACUUCUUCUUCCAAGCUGUAACAUUAGAUAUGAAACAUAUCCCUUUCAUGGCGACCCUCGGACACAAGCACCAGGACCGAGUUCUCCGGAAUCACCUGGUACCUGGAUUAGCAAGAAUCCUGAGGUUGGAUCAAAAACGCCCCUGGCUCCAAAUGGCAUGGAUGGUAUUGGAAUAAAACGAAAAACACCAAAGUGGAUUCCGAUCAUUGCAAGUUUGUCAGCAGUUCUUGUGCUAGCUCUCAGUUCUUUUGCUUUCAUCAUCAUCAUCCGACGGAGAAAUGCUAGAGAAGAUAACGAGAACAGCCAAGAGGUUCAGCUACUUGACUUGAGAGGGGGAAAUUUUGGGAAUGAAUACUCAAAUGAAGAUUUUCAGGGUGAGAAGGUAGGAGGAUCUCAGGAAUUUCCUUCUAUUCAGUUAGAUAUUAUAAAUGCAGCAACAAAACAUUUCUGUGAUGAAAAUAGACUCGGAGAAGGUGGAUUUGGCCCUGUAUUCAAGGGUACGUUAGCAGAUGGUAAGGAAAUUGCAGUUAAAAGGCUAUCAAGAACUUCUGAUCAAGGACUACUUGAAUUCAAGAAUGAAGUUAUGUUGAUUGCAAGACUACAACAUAGAAAUCUUGUAAGACUCUUGGGAUGCUGUUUGGAGGAUGAUGAAACACUACUGGUAUAUGAAUACAUGCCAAACAGAAGCCUGGAUGUGAUCCUCUUUGAUUCAAGCAUGAGUGUGAAAUUGGAUUGGCAAAAACGAUUUAGCAUCAUCAAUGGUAUUGCACGGGGGAUCUUGUAUCUGCAUGAGGACUCUCCACUUAGAAUUAUUCAUAGGGACCUUAAAGCAUGCAAUAUUUUGCUAGAUGGUGAAAUGAACCCAAAAAUAUCUGAUUUUGGAAUGGCAAGGAUUUUUAGAGGAAAUCAAAGUGAAGCAAAUACAAAUCGAGUUGUUGGAACAUAUGGGUACAUGGCACCAGAGUAUGCUAUGGAAGGACUCUUUUCGGUCAAAUCUGAUGUUUUCAGCUUUGGAGUACUCUUGCUGGAGAUCAUAAGUGGGAAGAAGAACAAGGGAUUUCAUCUUUUAGAAUAUGGCGAAAGCUUACUCACUUUUGCAUGGAAACUAUGGUCUAAAGGCCAGGGGAUGGAGUUGAUAGACCCACUACUACUGCAGUCUUGUGUGGCUUCUGAAGUGCUCAAAUGCAUUCAUAUUGGUCUGUUGUGCGUGCAGGAAGAUCCAGCAGAUAGACCCACCAUGUCAUCUGUGAUCGUCAUGUUGGCCAGUGAGACCAUAACACUCCCUAAGCCAACCGAACCUGCAUUUUCUGUUGGACGAGUUGUUGCAGAACCGGUUUUACCCUCUUUGGACAACAUUGUUAAUUCUGUCAACGAGGUAACGCUUUCCAGCGUGUCCCCUCAGUGAUUGAUGCGUGCACUCUCCAGUUCUUUUAUCUUCCAUUGUCUAAUAAAAGAUUCUAUGGACAUUUAUAAGAUGUAUUGAAUACACUGUCAAAUCUGGUGCGUAUUAGCCAAUCUUCUCCCACCUAUAAUCUUGACAUCUGGAGCAUGUGAAGCAGCUUGAUAAUGCCUACAUAUCAUUGAGAAAAUUAUACUGAGACAUCUUGUUUCUGAUAUAUUUCGUCAAGAAGAUAAUUGAUAAAAUUGUUCUUAAUGUUCAAGUGUUGGCAGCUUCUAAGAAAUUUCUACUUAAAAU